UCCAUCCCAACUCGCAAAGCUAGAUAACUUGUUAUCCACAACCUAAAAUAUCGUUAGUUAGCUAGCUAGUAAAAGAUGGCGAUGGGAAAGAGAGUUAGCGCAGCAGUAGUGAUUGCUGUCAUGAUCUUCCUCUUGUUUCUGCAGCUUUCUGCAACAUCAGCUGGUAGGCCGGCCACAAAGACGUCGGAGGCUCCCCCGCCGACGAUCGGCCACGAGGAAGCUACAAAUGCCACUCAAGCGCCGGCGUUCAACGAUCCCAAGCCGUCAACCUAUCGUCCAGAAGGGUGCAAUGGUAUGAGAUAGUCUCCCUAUCAUGUGUUGGUACAAUACAAUUACGAUGUCGUUAGCAGUAUAGCUUUAUCUAUACUAGGAUUCAUGGAGAUAAAUGUUGUAAUUAACCUCCAUAUUUCUUUUCACCAUACUGUUAAUUUUUUUUCUGUUGUUAUUCUUAACUUGUCUGAUAUAGAUUACAAAUUUAAUUGGUCCUAUCGUAUGAUUUAUAGAAAUGUGGAUUACUUUAAAUCAAAUCACACGAUAUAUAAUACCGGACUUGUCUAAGAUUUUCAAAAUAUUAAAACCGCUAGCUAACUUCGUCAUAGUGUAUACCAAUCAUCAUUAUCAAUAUGGUCUAUUUUUAUACCACAAUGGUUUGAUUCAUGUACCGCCAUAUAAUAAUAUUGGAUAUUUUGAUUAACAUUUUUUGUUUCAAAAUUCAACAAAAUGAGCAGAGUAUAAUUAAUUUAAUAUUAUGUAACAAAUUAAAAAUUGAAAUUAAAACAAUUAUUUUAAGUCCAAGCAAUCAACAUUCACAGUUAUCUUUUAUGCAAGGUACUUAUUUUCCUUUAUUUUUGCCGCUAGCUUGUUGGGUUUUCCAUAUCUUAUUAAUCACAAUCAUGGUAUCAUGUCGUUUCAUUUGUUGUUGAUGGCAGAUUCUGGUGUCUGGUGCCAAGUUUUUGGCAUUUGCUGCAGUCAUUAAGGCCAGGUUUUGAUGGGAAAUGAGCAAAUUAUAACGAAUAAGCACAUCGCAUGCAUGCCGUACUACUAAGUACAACUCAUAUCUCAGUUUAAUUUCGCGCACAUUAAUUUCCUUCGACUACUAAUGAUAUGUAUCGAUGAAAGUCGUCUAGUCGCAUCCCAUCUCAUACUCAAUACUCAUAGACCAUAGUCAUUUCUUAUUAUAUCUACUUUCUUAUGUACAAUCGAUGAGGAGGGGAGUGAGAUUUUUAUGUCUUUUCGUUCGUAUUUUGGUAAGAGAAAAUACGAGUUGUAAGUUGUAACUCUACUCGGAAAUUUUGAGUAAACCUGAACUAUAUCAUAUUGGAAGGGGAGACACCAGGACUGGACCAAGCUAGUAGAAUUUUUUCUUGAGAAACUCAGAGAGUUUUUUGGGUACAAAAUUCUAAAUCCUAGCAGCCACUGACGUUAAUUAGGUCACAACCUUCCUCGCGUGCCAUGUUUAAUAAACCCAUAUCUUUGAUCUCAUGGCAAAUUCUGUCGUACCGCUACGGCACCGGUGCCGUCUAUUUUCUCUGACCGGCUAAGAUGAUUUGGGUUUUAUAUUAUUGGGUAGGUCUGUGUUAGCUAUUACUAACAUGGUUUCUGUCGCGGCAAUCCACACCCAACAUCGCCGUUGCCACCGAUCAGUCAUCACCAUCAUCACCUUAUUGUUGCAGCUGAGUCAUCCCCGACAUCUUCUCUGUUGUGCCAAUCCAUCGUCGUUGUCGCUGGUCGGCCCUCUCUGCCCAUAUCCUGAACCCCCCAUCCGUCGAGAUCGCCACCGUUAUCUACGGCGACUGGGUGAUGAUAUCCAGUUUCAAUCGUUUUAACCUUCUCUCUGUGCUCCCCUCUCUAAUUCGGGCUCCACCCUCUCGUUUCAAUUUUCCCAUCCUAUUCCUAUUCUUCUCCUAUUCUUCAGUUACGUUAGAUCGAAGGGAGGAAGAAGAGUUAUGCUCACAUGAUGAUAAAGAAGAUGAAAUAAAUAAAUUAAUUGAGUUAUCUUGUUCCCGAUGAAAGGGAAUAAUAAUAAACAAAUAAUUUUUGUUUUCGCUGAGCAUGAAAAAAUAAUUAUAAUAUAAAAUUUUAAUAUAAAUAGGUUCAACCGAAUAUAAUGGGUUCAACCAAUCUUGGUUAAAAGGUAGUUAUUAAUCAAUGGUCCUAAUUAAAUAGAAACAUAUCCAACGGCUGGGAAAAUGCCAGCACUAGUGCCGUCACUGUACCACAGAAAUGGUCUUGAUCUCAUAUAUCAACUUAAGUUGUAAAUUAGGGAUGACAAAAAUAUCCAUAAUCGUGGAUAUCCUCUCGAAUCCGACCUUGUUGGGUAGGGUAAAACCCGAACGACUUUUAGCGGGUACGGUAAAAUCCGAACCCGAAUAUUGUGGGUAAUGGGUGGGCAUGGUUUUCUCACUAUCCAAACCGAACCCGCCUGAUAUACACAUGCGUAUGCAUUUUUUCUAGAAAAAUCAUCAUUUUUCUCUAACAUAUUUUAUAUUUAGCAUAUAAAUAUAAUUUUUUCAUGAAAUUGUGUUGUUAUAAUUUUAUAUUUAGCAUAUAAAUAUAAUUUUUUCAUGAAAUUGUGUUGUUUUAAUGAGUUUUCUGCAUUCUAGUGAAUUAUUUUCAUAAUUUUUAUCUUACGUAAUGCGAGAAUACAUGUAAAUAUUAACAUAUUGGUUGGAGUUAUAAGAGAAACUAUUAUCCAUGAAUAACCAUGGAUACCCGAAACCUGAACGCGUAUGAGCAUGAUUUUGAUUUUCUAUACGUUUCUUAUGUGGGUAUGAAUAUGAGUAAAACCUGAAUUACUUUGGGUAGGGAACCUAUCCGUCCCCGACCCGACCCAUUUCCAUCCCUCUUGUAAAUGCACUUUUGCUCUGGAACUACGUACAUUACUAUAUUUAUUUAUUUGUUUUUUAGGUUAGAGUCACAACCGCCACCAAUCCCUCUCUCUGGCUUAAUGGCUUUGGCCUCCGCUCUCUCCCUCAAUCUCCAACUUCCCUGUCCAUUCUCUCUCCCUCGAUCUCUGACUCCCCCAACUCUGACUCUACCAUCGUUACAUCUCCCUCUCAACUCGACCAUCAUCUUCUCCCCCCUCUCCCACACUCCCACACUCCCCCAACUCGACCGACGACCAUCGUCUCAUCUCCUCGACUCCCCGAUUCCCCAAUCUCGGCCAUCAUCUCCUCAGACCUUAGUGACAAGCUCGAUGAGAAUCAGAUCUCGAAGAUCGAGAGGGUUGAGAAGCAGAAUAGGUGGUUGCCUAGUCUAAGCUUUAAUCUCCUAUUAGAUCUAGAAUCCUCAAGGCCUCGACGAGUUUUGCCACAUGCAACGCCGAUCUUCUCUUGCCAUUUUCUUCGUUUAUUCAGUAGGUGGCACCACCUCUGCCAACAUGUGGUUGUCGGCGAAGCAAUUGAAGGGGAUGCAGGUCGGAGAUGGCCGCUCUAGUGUCCUGCUGAUUUGAUGAAGCUAAGUCGUAGAUGCAGCCGCGGCGGCGCGAUGUGAGUUUGGAGGGGAGGCAGUUUGGAGUCGGAGAGGGUUGUGUGUAGGGAAAGGAGUUAGGGUUUUAAUUGGGCUAAGUUAGUUCGGUUGGGCUUAGGGAGUUAGGCUUUUUGGGGGUUUUAUUUGGGCUGAGAGAGUUGGCAGAAUAGGGAUAGUUUUGGGCUUCCCUUCUGAAUUCCGAACCGAAUAGUAGUAUUUCGGUUUCAGUUCAGGUUGGGUUUGGUUCGUGUCUAUUCAGAUUUACCAAAUCGGAUGCCUACCCCUAUACCGAUCAUUAUAAUUUUUGUGAGGAGGCGUUCCAAUCAAUUUUGAGAUGUAAUGUUCUAGAAUUAAUUUUUUAAUAUAAUAAAAUGAGAUUAUUUUG